ACCGGAUUUUACCAGACAUAAAAGUCGUCAGUAAGGACACUGUUACCUGCACUCAUGUGUUCCGGCCGUGGGACUUUGAAAAUUACAAAUUAGAAAAAGUUCCUGUGGGGAAUAUCGCCAGGCAGAUGCCCAUGAUCUCGUCCCUGAUAGCACAUCGGUACUUCCUCCAGCCCCCUGAAGAAAGCAAAAAUGAGUCUGCUUUGAAACUGAUCUUAUUACGAGGUCAAAAGUAUGAGUUUCUGCCCGCGUAUUAUCGCCACCUGGCACCUGGCAAGAGAACUACAGUUACUGAGAAGUUGUGCUCCCUUGGCAACACUUCUUGGGUGACCAUGGAAGAGAUCAGAGAUCACUCCACCAAUGAUCUGAUGGCUAGGUGUGUCAUUCAAAGAGUCAAUGUUGAUGCCACCACACGCAGACCAGAGCCGCUUCCUGAUUGGUUGAAGGAGAGGUAUUCUUAUCUUACAUCAUCGAUGCCACGCCCACCAACAGUUCAAUCCUUUGAUGUGCCCCAAAACCCCGAGGUCUUCCGAUAUUCUGAAGUUGUGGCUCCGAGGGCCACUGACAGCUAUCAUCACACCAACCAAUCAUCCUAUAUCUGGUACGGCAUGGACUGUGCAACUCUGGGAGCAAGAAGCAACGCAUAUUCUGUCAUCAGAGGAGACAUUGACAAGUAUGACCUGAAGAUGUUGGAGGUGUUAUACCAGAAAGAAUCACUAGAGGGCGACGUACUUGAUGUUGAAUCAUGGGAAGACCAGAACAGUCCUGACACACUGAGGUUCCAGAUUAAGAAGGGCGAUGAGAACAUCACACAAUUAACGAUGCAGUUUUACCUACCAACUGUUUAAGAUG